AUGAAGACGCCCUCGGGAAAGAAAAAUAAUGGAGGCCAGAAGCUUGGCACCCUGCUGCAGUCCCUGCCAGAGUUGAAUCCAAACCUAAAAUCCCCGUCCCUGGAUGAUGUCAACUUGGCUAAUUGUCACAAUGAAGUUCUAAAUCUCCUGAACAACUCAAAGUUGGAAGAUGCACACUUCAAAGACUGUCGACUCCUGGAGAAAUGUGAAGUGAAGGAGGACUUUCUUCUGCCUUUUGUGACUGCACUGAAAGGGCUCUUGUCACUUCGCUCCCUCACAUUAUCCCAAAACCGCCUGGCCAAUGGUAUAAUUGCACUGGGAGACCUAUUUUCAGGAGAUUCUCCUUCCAGGAUACAGAGACUGGACAUCAGCUCCAACUACAUUUUACCGACGGGACUGCUGGAAUUUGGGAGACGGUUGGAGUACAGCCCUCCACCGCCUGGACUGACUGUAGAUCUGCGGUGCAACCCCCUCGAUCGUGACCCCCAGGUCACAGAGGAAGCUCUGCUGAAGCUUCGCCCUCUUUGCUGUGUCCUCACAGAUGACUGGAAUUCCAGAACUACUAUGGCUGACCACAUUAGUGUCAUGGCAACAGUGUGA